CAACCCGCACGAGAUUUUCGGCGGAUGUUGAUGUUUUGCUCCGGAUUUCUGUACCGUCGUUUCUCUUCUCGGUCGUGCGAUCUGCGUUAUUGCCAAUAUUUGCUUAACGUGAGCGAAACACGGUCUUUCUCGGCGCUUCUUUCGGGAAGCAAAGAGGCCGAGGCGGGGGGCGAUGAUGGAGGACUUUGAUGAGAUUUACGAGGAAGAGGAAGAAGAGGACGAGGACAGGGCCGCGGAGGAGCAGCUGCUCAAAUACGCUCCGGACCCGGUGGUAGUGCGCGGAUCCGGGCACGUCACUGUGUUUGGACUGAACAAUAAAUUUGAGUCUGAAUUUCCCUCAGCCCUUACAGGAAAGGUCGCACCGGAGGAGUUCAAAGCCAGCAUAAACCGUGUGAACAGCUGUCUGAGGAAGGCUCUCCCAGUGAAUGUGCGCUGGCUGCUGUGUGGCUGUCUGUGCUGUUGCUGUACUCUGGGCUUUAGUCUGUGGCCGGUCAUCUGUCUGAGCAAGAGGACACGCAGAUCCAUAGAGAAGUUAUUGGAGUGGGAAAACAGCAGAUUGUAUCACAAGUUGUGUUUGCAUUGGAGGCUCAGCAAAAGGAAGUGUGACACGAACAACAUGAUGGAAUAUGUAAUCCUAAUAGAGUUUCUACCCAAGAUUCCCAUCUUCAGGCCGGAUUAGCAGUGGCGGGCUGGAGCUCAUCCCACCGGCGUGGUCUUCCUGAGGUGCCUUUCUCCGGUACUGUCAUGGUCUUAUCAUGUGGCCUCGUCCUUUUUCCCUCCACACUCUGAGCAAGAGACUCACCUCACGUCCGAGCGCCACUCACAGCACUCCUCACGAGAAAGCACUGUUUACAACACACACAUACAUACGCACAGACCGUUUUGGUUUCGCAAGCGCAUGAAUACACACAGAGAGACCUUUACUGUCACAUGACUACACGAAGUCUGCGGGGAGGCCACGGGAAGUAACUUCUGAAGCUCCAAACUGGAACGUCUACUAUACGUUAAUCAGAUCACACAGACUGCGCAGUGUGCACUAGCUAAGUGACGUCCUGUUGCCGACACUGUGGAACGGAUCAGUGCAGAAUGGCUUGAAGAAGCGACAACUGUAGAAUUAAACUCUUUUAUUGUAUUAAUUAAAAAAAGAUGGAUGUUAGGAAUGAUUAAUACGGAUUUUCAGUUAGCUGAGAGCCAAAUGGACACGGUCAAUGCACAAUACAUAGUUCCCCAUCUCUCCUUCUCACAAAUGAUCAUCUAUAUACAAAGACAAUCAAACACUGACUGUGCCACGCACCAUCUAGACUCUGACAGGACUUUGGAGUCUAGUUGAAGUCACGGACCUGAUGUGGUCCAGGUGCACCUAUUGGUAGUGAUGCAGCACAGGUUAGAUUUGUUUUGCUGUUUUUGAGUAUUUUUUUUAUCCUUGUUUACUUGCUCAGUUUAAAAAGAAGAGCAGCAAAUGUUUGUUUCUUGAUUUGUGUGUGUGUGGGUGAUUAUUUCUGUCUGUCCCCGAGAUAUUUUGUUUGUCAUUUGGUUCACAAGUGAGACAAAUCAACUUAUAGGUUUGUUUGGUUAAAGUUAAACAGUUCAUUAAAACAAAUUAUUGGGGGUCAAACAAAAUAAAAUAAAAAAGUUCUGUUCUUUUGUUCGUUUGUUUUUUAUAUAUAUGAACCCACAAAUAUUGGCGUUUCUCCAGGACAGAAAUACUUUUUAUUUAAA